CACUAUCCCCUCUGCUCAUGUAUCACCUAUCCAAGCCAGCACUAUCCCCUCUGCUCGUGUAUCACCUAUCCAAGCCAGCACUAUCCCCUCUGCUCGUGUAUCACCUAUCCAAGCCAGCACUAUCCCCUCUGCUUGUGUAUCACCUAUCCAAGCCAGCACUACCCCCUCUGCUUGUGUAUCACCUAUCCAAGCCAGCACUACCCCCUCUGCUCGUGUAUCACCUAUCCAAGCCAGCACUAUCCCCUCUGCUCGUGUAUCACCUAUCCAAGCCAGCACUACCCCCUCUGCUCGUGUAUCACCUAUCCAAGCCAGCACUAUCCCCUCUGCUCGUGUAUCACCUAUCCAAGCCAGGCCUAUCCCCUCUGCUCGUGUAUCACCUAUCCAAGCCAGCACUACCCCCUCUGCUCGUGUAUCACCUAUCCAAGCCAGCACUAUCCCCUCUGCUCGUGUAUCACCUAUCCAAGCCAGCACUAUCCCCUCUGCUCGUGUAUCACCUAUCCAAGCCAGCACUAUCCCCUCUGCUCGUGUAUCACCUAUCCAAGCCAGCACUACCCCCUCUGCUCGUGUAUCACCUAUCCAAGCCAGCACUAUCCCCUCUGCUCGUGUAUCACCUAUCCAAGCCAGGCCUAUCCUCUCUGCUCGUGUAUCACCUAUCCAAGCCAGGCCUAUCCUCUCUGUUCCAUUCUACAUCUUUGCUUAG